AUGGCUUAUGAUAACGAAGUUGGAAUGGACAAGAUGGACCACUCUACCGAUGGUGCCAACAAGAAGUCAUCCAAGAGAAAUGGAAAGACUAUCUAUAUUUCUGCAACACUAGCUGCUAUUGGAGGUUGGGUAUGUGGAUAUGAUACUGGAGCUGUUACUGGUAUAAUGGUGAUGCCAACAUUCACAAACUAUUAUACCGAGUUGGCCAACCCAGACACUUAUGUGUACUACUCUGGUCUUUGUUUCUCAUUGAUGCUGAUGACCGCCGCCAUCGGUGCCUUUGUCUCUGGCCCAAUCUGUGACAAGAUCGGCCGUAAGUGGAGUAUUGUGCUCGCUGCCUACAUCUUUGCCGUGGGCAUCCUGUUUGAGGUGAUUGGCCAGAAGUUUGGCCUGCUGCUCGCCGGUCGUCUGGUCGCUGGUUUUGGCAACGGUCUCAUCACCAAUGCCGUGCCCCUCUACCACUCUGAGAUCGCCCCCACCAACAUCCGUGGCCGUCUCGUCUCGCUGUUCACCGUGAUGGCUCUGCUCGGCCAGGUGUCUGGUUACUUCAUUACCUUUGGAACAUCCUACCUCACCACCGAGUGGGGCUGGCGCGCACCCUGGUUGAUCCAGCUGGUCAUCUGUCUGUUCCUCGGCACCUUUGUCAUCCGUCUGCACUACUCUCCACGUUGGCUCCUCGACCGCGGUGAGGAAGACGAGGCACUCACCGUGCUGGCCAAGCUGCGUGAGGCCCCAACCACCGACGCCGACGUCCAAGCCGAGUUCAAGGAGAUCAAGGACCAGAUCGCCCAGGAGCACGAAAUGGGCAAGCGCACCUACCUCGAACUGUUCUACCGCGCCAACCUCAAGAUCACAUUGAUCGCUUUCUUCAUUGCCAUCGCCACCUCGUUCACCGGUAUCAACGCCAUCAUGUACUACGCCCCCUCCAUCUUUAUGAAUGCCGGUCUCGGAGACGUGUCCACCUCUAUCGCCGCCACUGGAGGCACGGGUAUUCUCGGACUGUUCGCCACCAUCGCCUCUUUCUACCUCAUCGAUAUCUGGGGCCGUAAGAUCCUCUUCAUCCUCGGAGGUGUUGCCAUGGGUGUUUCCAUGUUCCUAGUCGGUGCCAUGUUCAACGUCUACUCGGCCGUCGACGACAUGGGCUACAUCACCGUAGAGAAUGUCGGUGCCAGAACCGUCAUCAUCGUCUGCAUCUACGUGUUCAUGGGAGCCUUCAAUCUCACCUGGGGUGUGGCAUCCUACGUCUACCCAGCCGAGAUCUUCAAGAUGAGACAUCGUGCCAAGGGUCUUGGUCUCACCUACGGUCUCAACUGGGCCUUCUCCAUCAUGGUCACCUACUGUAUGCCAUUGUUCAUGGCUUCAACUCUCUCUGGAGUGUACUACUUCUUUGGAGCAUGCUGUGCUGUCAUCACCUUCAUUUGUUUCUUCAUCCCCGAGACAAAGAAGGUCACCCUCGAGGCUAUGGACGACGUCUUCAACAAGUAA